AUGGCCCAGAUGCUGGUGGCGCAGCGCGCGGUGCAGAUGGCGGACCAUGGUCAGGUUGAGCACCCGGCAGAUGCCCUGGAGGCCAUGCGGGAGCGGUUCCUCCUCCCGGGGGUGGCUGCCCCCUUCAACUGGCUCACACGGCUGCGCACGUUUGGCAAGCGCAUCCAGAACACCACCACCAGUCUGGGAUAUAUCUACUGGAGCGAUGACCAGCAGACCCUGAGCUACAAGGAACUGCACCUGACCAUGGCGGGCCUGCGGGGCUUCGUGCGCACCCAGGUGGAGCUGGCCCAGCUGGAGCUGGAGGGGCUGUUCCUGCUGCAUGAGGAGGAGACCCGGGAGGCGGUGGUGCCGCGCCUGGCCCUGGUGGAGCUGGCAGACGACCCGACCAACAACCGGCGUGGAUGGAACUUCCUGCAGGACCACCGCACCCGUGCAGCGCUGCCCACCACAGGAGAGCAAUGGCUGAUGGACCGGGUGGUGGCCACCGACUGGCUGCGGGCUGAGUGGGUGGGGGUGCGGCCGCAUGACCACCAGGUGAUGUGGCACACCACCGUGGUGGAUGCCUACCUGGGACAGGUGGACCAGUUCCUGGAGCGGCUGCUCCUGCUGAUGCACCUGACUGCUGGGCAGCCGGCGCGGGCCACUGAGCUGCUGGGGAUCCGACACAGCAACACUGUGUGUGGCCAGCAUCGCAAUCUCUUCAUCGAGCAUGGGGUGGUCAGUCUGGUGACGGCAUACCACAAGGGAUACAGCAUGACAGGGUCCACCAAGAUCAUCCAUCGCUACCUCCCGGCGGAGGUCAGUGAGCUUGUGGUGUACUAUCUAUGGCUGAUCCUGCCCUUUGCACGGGCAGUGCAGGCCCUGGCCCAUGGCACCCGGCAGGCACGCUCCCCCUUCCUGUGGCCACGGGGCCCCAAUCUGGCAGCGGGGGCAUGGGACAGUGGCCGGCUGCGGGGGGUGCUCCAGCGUGAGGCCCACAUACAUCUGCAGACCAAGCUCAAUGUGAUUUCCUGGCGGCAUGCAGCAAUUGCCAUCUCCCGGGCACACCUGCAGUGUGGUGGGUUCAAGCGUGACUACAGUGCCGAUGAUGGGCUGAUCGACCAGCAAGCCGGCCAUGGGUCCUGGGCUGCUGGGACGGUGUAUGCCCGGGGGCUGCAGGAGGCACCUGGCCAUAUCCAGGCACGGCGGGUGCAAUACCGGGCCAUCAGUCGGGAGUGGCAUGCCUUCCUAGGGUUUCAGGUAUCACUAGGCCCGCGGAAGCGGGGCUGGGGGGAGGGAAAAGGGGAGGAGCCAGCAGCAAAGCGGCAGCGGCAGCAGCAGCCGUAUGUGACUGUUGAGAUGAAAGAGAACUAG